AUGUCAACAGAUAGCUGGCCACCACAGCUCAAGGAAUGGGUUGCUCAAUGCUUGGGGCAAAUGACCGAAUCAAACCGAGCGGAAGCCCAGGCAGAGUUAAAACAGGUGAUUGCUGACGCUUUUGCGGCCAAGACUCUAUGGACGACAGACUGGAAGGGUGUGCAGCUGCAAAGUCUGCUGCCCAAGCCCCCGCCCUCGUUUGCUUCGACCAGCAAUCUGAAGCGCAAACUGGGUGACAAUUCGAAUAAUCACAUGAGCAACAAGAAGACAAAGAAGGCGAAUGCGCUCGCGAAAACGCUCAGCGCGCAGGCCGCGGCCGCCGGCGCAAACGACCUCGUCGCACUGAACCGGAGAGCGCAGCGUUUCCAGCGAGAGCACGAGAUCGAGCGGCAGAAAAGUUCGCGUCAAUCCGGCAAUCCUAGUUCUCAUAGCUCCUCUUCGUUCGCUAACAACCCCCCCUUCAAAUCCCGGUCGGGGACCCCCGCCAACUACGACACGGACGAGCCCGAGGUCAACCCGAACGUCCCUGGAUGGGACCGGUUCACGAUCGUGGGCACUUCAAAAGAGAUCUUCAAGGACUAUUUGCGACUGACAUCGGAACCGAAACCGGAACAAAUUCGCCCGUAUAACGUACUGCAAGAGACCUUGGCCCAGCUCAAGAAGAGGUGGCGGGAGAAGGCGACGUACAAUUGGAUGUGCAGCCAAUUCAAGAGCCUGCGACAGGAUCUCACCGUGCAGCGCAUCAAGAAUGAGUUCACGGUGACGGUGUACGAGAUCCAUGCGCGCAUGGCGCUUGAAGUGGGCGACAUGGUCGAGUACAACCAGUGCCAGGCCAUGCUUCGUAAUUUAUAUGAGCUGGGCAUCCCGGGCAAGGUUGAAGAGUUCACGGCGUACCGUAUACUCUUGCUGCUGCACGGGCGCAAUCGCAGUGACUUGAACUUGUACGUAGGUCAACUAACACAGAAACAGAAGUCCGGACCAGCGGUGCGGCACGCUCUCGCCGUCCAGCGCGCAGUGGCCAUGGGGAACUACCACGCGCUCUUUGACUUGUAUCUGAAUGCUCCCAAUAUGGGAGCCUACAUCAUGGACCACUUCAUUGAUAGGGAAAGGGUACGCGCACUGAUGGUCAUGACAAAAGCAUACAUCACACUCAAGCUCUCGUUCGUGACGAACGAGCUCGCGUUCGAGUCUCUGCAGAACGCACGCGAGUUCCUGGCGGAGCACCGGGUCGCAUUCUUCCAGAAUCCGAACGCGCCGGAUGGGGAGAAGGUGCUCGACUGCAAGCCCGCGGUCCAGCCGCUCGCGCAGGUGUUGGAGGAAAAGUACCGCAGAGUACAGAUCAAGGGUGCUGUCUGA